AUGAAAGCACCGGGCCUGAGAAGCCUAGCUCAAAAUCUGACCAGCCUGGAAGAACUUCUCCUUGGUGUCGUCAAUAUGUCGUCCCAAGUGCCCAACACUCUGGCGAAUCGGUCUUCACUGAGAAGGCUGGACAUGCUUUCGUGCAACCUGCACGGUGUAUUUCCGUCGGCCAUUUUUCUUUUACCGAAGCUGCAAUAUCUUAGUGUGUCUGGCAAUGUAUAUCUCACGGGCCGCUUGCCUAAGUUCAACUCGAGUAGUCCUCUUGAAGAGCUGCAACUGACAGCCACGAGCUUUUCUGGGGAGCUACCCACUUCAAUCGGAAUCCUUCCAUCCUUGAGCUAUCUCGACGUAAGUUAUUGCGAAUUCUCAGGAUCCAUCCUGGCUUCACUUGCUAAUCUUAGCAACCUCAAAGACCUGGAUGUCUCAGGGAACCCAUUCACUGCCCAGUCCAUUUCCUCUAUUUCUUGGGUUUGGACGAAGAAGAAGCUCGCAACUUUGGCACUCGGAGGGAUCAAUCUAUAUGGCGAGAUUCCACCCUCAAUCGGAAACUUGUCUCAGCUUGAAUUUUUAUUGUUGGAUUACAACCAAUUAAGCGGUGCCAUCCCAUCUCAGCUCAUGAACCUCACUCGACUGACUUCUUUAAACCUCGGAAGCAAUCGACUGUCGGGUUCUAUACCGUCCUGGCUUAUGAACAUGACUCGACUGUUUUCCCUUGACCUUGCCGUCAAUAAAUUCCACGGUGAGAUAACUUCAUCAAUCUCUCAACUUCAAAAUCUAGAGUACCUCCGCCUUUACGAAAACAACUUCAGCGGUACUAUUGAGCUAGACAACUUUCACAAGUUCAAACAUUUGGAAGUGCUGCAAGUAUCAUCUAUCAGGCUAUCAGGCUGCAUGAGUAGCGCGAAUCAUAUUAUUCCUCAGCUUAUUACCCUAGGAUUGGCUUCAUGCAAUUUGAGAGAGUUUCCGGCAUUCUUACAAAACCAAGAGGAUAUCGAGUGGUUGGACUUGUCCGAUAACAACAUUACGGGAGAAGUGCCCUUUUGGGUGUGGCACGGAAGAUUUAAAAGAAUGCAGUACCUGAAUCUCUACCAUAACUUCUUAACUGGCCUUGAUCGAUAUUAUCCGAUGCAUACUUUAGAUAUGUACACGAUAGACCUCUCUCAUAACACGUUGAAAGGACCACCCCCUGAAGCACCGUCAUCGACAAUGACCAAUAUAGUAUCUAACAACAACCUGACGAGAGCAUUGCCAGCAUGGAUAUGCAAUUUAAGUUCAGCAAUCACACUAGACUUGUCUUCUAACCAUUUGACCGGUGUGCUUCCCAUUUGUUUGGGCAAUAUCAGCAAAUCACUCGUGGUAUUGAACCUAAAAGGCAACAAUUUCCAUGGAAGCAUUCCAGAGCUCUCGAUGAGGGGGACACCAUUGAUGAUGAUUGAUUUGAGUGACAACCAGUUGCAAGGCAAAUUACUGAGAUCCUUGGCCAAUUGCAAAAAGCUCAAGUUCAUCAAUUUGUAA